AUGAACCGAGCACAUAGAAUAGCUGAUCAAGUGCGGUCUGUGGUGGGGUGGCUUCAGAAAGAUUCUGCCUCGUCCCAAUUUGUAACAAAAGGAUUCUUGUCUCCUGGAGAGUUUGUCGAAGCUGGAGAUCAGCUCACAUGCCAAACCCCCACAUGGCAGUGGCAGUCAUGUGAUCAAGCGCACCAGGUAUUCUGGCUACCGCCUGACAAGCAGUACCUGAUUACGCGCAAUAUCCCUUGCCGAUAUCGCAUACACCACUGGGAAAAAAAUCUAAUCAAAGGAGCCCAUGAGACUCGCGAAGGUUGGUUGAUACCGGGUCCGUUGCCGGGAGAUAAUGAGGAACCUGCGACUGGACCGCUGACUGACGAGGCGUCAUCACCGGCGGGUUCGGUCCGACAGGAGGGUUCAGGCGAGCAAGACGCCAUGGUUGCCGGUCAGUCGGCUGCGGGUCAGGUGGUGGUGAAGAAUUUUGUGGAUGAAGACGAGUACGUGGACUGCGGGCCAAGUGUCCUCAACGGGCAGCAGACCGUCUCGUCUCGAACCUACGACCUCUCGAUCACAUACGACAAGUAUUACCAGUCGCCGCGGCUGUGGUUGUUUGGGUACGAUGAGGCGGGCGUCCCACUGAUAGCGGAACAUGUAUUCGAAGACAUUCACAACGAUUAUCUUGCACGCACCGUCACUGUCGACCCACACCCUUUUACUGGCGUCCCUACCGUCUCCAUCCACCCGUGCAAACAUGCCUCCGUCAUGCGUACUGUCGCCCAAAACUGGGUCAAAGCCGGCAUGAAACCGAGACCCGAUCUGGCUCUGUUCAUACUACUCAAAAUGGUCUCUUCUGUCGUGCCCACCAUCAACUACGACUUUACCAUCGAUGUCGAAAUGCCCAUGGAAGAGGUUCCCUGA